GUAGCAACAAAUACUCUUUUGACUCUUUCUACUCACUCGCUCAACACCAUGGCCGAACUCACAACCACAAAGCUAAACGCUGAGAGCCACCUGCUGCUCGACCAACCCCUCCUCCGCAUGCCCUACGAACAAUCCCGCAAAACUUUCAACCAGGCCCGGAAAUAUAUCCAGCACGAACAAACCUCUGUCCAGAAAACCCUCAAAGCCACCGCCUCUGCCGCCCUCAAAGCCUCGCAAAACCCUUCAUCCACUCCCCCAGCAGACGUCCUGAACAACCUCGAUGCUAUGAUAACGAAGAUGCAAUCACUCAAGCGGAAGCUCGUGGAUUUGAAUACUGCCGAGCUCGCCACGCAUGCGUCGACUCAGGCACGGUUGGCGCAUUUGCAGAGCUUGCACACGAUUCCGAGUCUGGCGGAUGUGAAGUAUGAGGAGUGGAGCCGGGUGCGGUUGAAUAGGUUGUUGGUGGAUUAUCUGCUGAGGAGUGGGUAUGGAGAGAGUGCAGCGCAAUUAGCGCGGGAGAAGGGGAUAGAAGAGUUGGUGGAUUUGGAGGCAUGGGGGCAGUGUGCGCGGAUCGAGAGGAGUUUGAGGGCUGGGAGAACGCAGGAGGCGGUGGCGUGGUGUGCGGAUAACCGGAAGGGGUUGGAGAAGCUUGGGUGCAACCUCGAAUUCGAGCUUCGACUACAGCAGUACAUCGAAAUGGUCCGCAGUUGCGACACGAAGAAGUUGAUCGAGGCCCGGACACACGCGCGGAAAUAUCUAGCAUCGCACUCUGAAACCAACUUUGCGAUUCGAGCAGCUGGACUGCUCGCGUUCCCGCCGGAGACAGAAGCAGAGCCAUACAAGUCCCUCUACUCCCCCAAUCGCUACUCCCACCUCGCCUCCCUCUUCCUAACCACCCACAACGCCCUCUACUCUCUCCCCUCGCGGCCUCUUCUCCACAUCGCCCUCUCCGCCGGCCUCUCCGCUCUCAAAACCCCAUCCUGUCACUCUGCCUACGCUUCAUCUUCCGCAAACGCCUCAUCAUCCACCACAACCGUUUGCCCGAUUUGCAGCACCGAGCUCAAUGAGCUCGCGCGGAACGUACCAUAUGCACACCACACGAAGAGCUAUGUCGAGAACGACCCGGUGGUGUUGCCAAAUGGGCGGAUCUACGGAUGGGAGCGAUUGAAGCGCGUGAACGAGAAGUUUGGCACGGAGAAGGGGAAGGUGCGGGAUCCGACGGAUCUGAACGUUGUGUUUGAGGAUAGGGCGAUUAAGAAGGUUUUUAUUUCUUAGGUUAGGCCGGCGCGGGAUCCGAGGGAGCCCGAUUUCUACUUCACAGCGACUCAUUUUGGCGUGAAAGGCUUUGGGAGUUCGGGAGUUUCGUAUCUCAUGCGGCAUGGAUAUGGGGGUACUUCUAGGAAGAAGCGUGGGGCUUGUACGGUUCAUUGAGGGAGUAGUGGGAUAAGUGCGAUAUGUGCUCCUCUCGUUAUGUAUAGACUGUCAUAUGGAUUAACUCCUUUUGAUCCCGAUCCAAAAUGCUUCAAUCGCUCCC